GGCAUUUGGAGAAGACAAACCAAGCAUUCACACCACAGACCACUCAAUACUAGCAUUGUCUCAAAUUCAUCUUUCAGAAGCCCAAAGAGAGUGGGGAGAAAAGAAAGGAUGAAGAGAAAAUACCCCUCCUUUUUUUUUUUUACUUUGGUAAAGAGAGUGUAGGAGAGAAAGAGCAAGAUGUGAAUUUGGAAAGAGAGUAGCCAAGAAUGUUACUCUCUAAAUCAACUUUGGCUUUUGAUUUAGGCCAUCACUAGCAAGUUCUUUCCCCAGUGUCCUCCUUUUUUGUAGCCAUUUCUCCUUCACUUUUCCCUCUUGAACUUCUUCCUUAGCAUCAUUUCAAUCCCUGUACAGUGACUGGGUAUUAAUUAUUUUUCCCUUUCCUGUCUCUCCGUAUAGCUCUAUUACCUCUAUUCUUCACUGUCUAUACCUUUCUUUCUUCCAGGCUUCCCUCCGUCCCUUUUCUCCCCUUAAUUUCUCUUCUUUUCCUUUUUCUUUCCUUCUCAGCAUCACAACCCUCUCCUUUACUCUCUCUUUCUUAACUCUACCUCUAAGAUCCAUUCCCUCUUCUUAAGGAAAUCGGCCAGGCCUCAGAUGGAGCUGUUGUCGUGACAACCUAAAGGAGCAUCAGGCUUUCAUCAAGGCUCGCUGCUGCUGAAGGGGGCAGUUGUGCAAAACAAGGGGCCAGCCAGAGGGAGGAGGGGGAUGAGGUGGAGGGGUUAUUGAGAAAAAGCACAUUGAAUGGGGGAGGGGGGAGAGGAGGAGGAGAGGGGAGAGAGAAAGAAAGAGGAGGAGGAGGAGGAGGAGGAGAGAGGGAGAAGGAGACAGAGAGAGAGAGAGAGAGAGAGAGAGAGAGAGAGAGAGAGAGAGAGAGAGAGAGAGAGAGAGAGAGAGAGAGAGAGAGAGAAGCUGCUGCUGCUGCUGAUUUUUUUACACUCACAGUGUAGAGCUUGGUGCUUGCUGGCCUCCCUCCGCCUAAGAAAAGUGGGUUAUGAAAGGAGCUCCUCUCAGAGACUGUAUAGCCCCUCACUGGAAUAGGAGCAUUCAGUAACAGAAAGAAAAAAGAAAGGACAAACAGCCACAACAAACCGAUAUUUUCUCUUUUUAAGGCUUUUCUUCAUUUUUGCAAGUGGGGUUUAUUUUUGCAAUAAGCAUUUUUUUUAAAAAGAAAUUGUAUUUUUGUUCAUUUGACUUUUUUUUUUUUUGGUUUGCUCGGGUUUUAUGAGGGGCUCGUUAAGACUUAGGGGGGAAAGAAGAGAGGAGCAAGAGAGAGGAGGGGAGAGAAGAAAAGUGGAAAGGAUUACAAGCUGGAAAAGCCCGAUCUGCUUUCACUCCUUGUUGGCUGUUGAUGAACGCCUGUGUAUUUGUAAAUUGCUCUUCCUGUCCGACUUGCACAACCCGAGAGUGCCCAUCUCCCUAUAUAUACCCUGAAAGUCAGCGUGGCCACCAUGGUCGGAAGAGUUCAUCCCGAUCGGAAACAGUUGCCGCUGGUCCUACUGAGAUUGCUCUGCCUUCUCCCCACAGGACUGCCUGUUCGCGGCGUGGAUUUUACCCGAGGCACUGACAACAUCACCGUGAGGCAGGGGGACACGGCCAUCCUCAGGUGUUAUGUAGAAGAUAAAAGCUCCAAGGUGGCCUGGUUAAACCGAUCUGGAAUCAUUUUUGCUGGACAUGACAAGUGGUCCCUGGACCCCCGGGUUGAGCUGGAGAAACGGACUGCUCUGGAAUACAGUCUCCGCAUCCAGAAAGUGGAUGUCUAUGAUGAAGGCUCCUAUACAUGCUCAGUGCAGACACAGCACCAGCCCAAGACCUCCCAGGUUUACUUGAUCGUCCAAGUUCCACCAAAGAUCUCCAACAUCUCUUCAGAUGUCACUGUGAAUGAGGGAAGCAAUGUGACCCUGGUCUGCAUGGCAAAUGGUCGUCCUGAGCCAGUCAUUACCUGGAGGCACCUUACACCCACUGGAAGAGAAUUUGAAGGAGAAGAAGAGUACCUGGAGAUCCUCGGCAUCACAAGGGAGCAGUCAGGCAAAUACGAGUGCAAAGCCGCCAAUGAGGUUUCCUCAGCAGAUGUCAAACAAGUCAAGGUCACUGUGAACUAUCCUCCCACUAUCACGGAGUCCAAGAGCAAUGAAGCUACUACGGGGAGACAAGCUUCUCUCAAAUGUGAAGCCUCCGCAGUGCCUGCACCUGACUUUGAGUGGUACAGAGAUGAUACCAGGAUAAACAGCGCUAAUGGUCUUGAGAUUAAGAGCAUUGAGGGGCAAUCCCUCCUGAUGGUGACCAACGUCACUGAGGAACACUAUGGCAACUACACCUGUGUGGCUGCCAACAAGUUGGGAGUCACGAAUGCCAGCCUAAUCCUUUUCAAACGAGUUUUACCCACAAUCCCCAACCCUAAUCAAGAAAUUGGCACCACCGUGCACUUCAAGCAAAAAGGACCUGGGUCAGUGAGAGGAAUAAAUGGAUCAAUCAGCCUGGCCGUACCACUGUGGUUGCUGGCAGCGUCCCUGUUCUGCCUACUCAGCAAAUGUUAAUAGAAUAAAAAUUUACAAACAAAAAACAACACACAAAAUGCGUCAUACAGGAGACAGAGAGAGAGAGAGAAAGAGAGAGAGAGCAAGGGGGGAGGACCAUUUCUUUUUUACAACUUUGUGUGUUCAGAAGUGAAGGGGAAAAUAUGACAACAAAGUAUCUACAACAUUUUCAAAAAAGUCAAAUUCAUUAAGUAAAAAUUAGAAAACAACUUGGUGGGAAAAUGCCACUGUGCGUGUAUGUGUGUUUGCAAGGGUGUAUGUAUUUGUGAACUGGUUGCUUCAUCAUGCUAAAGACAUUCAGGUGUUCUUUAGAUAAGACAGAGAGGAAAGAAAGAAAAGGAAAGAAAUAGAAAAGGAAUACUAGAUAAUUGUUUUCUCCCUUUUUUCUUCCUUUCUUCAUCCCUUUUCAUCUGUGAAACAUCAAGUCUUACCUUCAAUGUUUAUAUAAUCCUUUUUUUUCCCCCAGUUGGUCAUUUUGAACUGACUCAGCCAAUUCAGACUAUCAAAAUUAUCCAUACUGGUGUCUUGUGAAUAGCCUCUCAUUGGCAUGCCCCACCCUCUCUCUAACUUUAUUCCCCCUUCCUAAACCAUCCAUCCUCCUUCUCCCUUAUUCUAUAAUCCUUGAUACUACCCCUCUCCCCCUUAUCUUCCUUCUUUUUCUCCUCCUUCCCUGCUACCACCACCUUGAGCUCAAGUCAUGCCGCUGAUGCUAGGAAAUUGACAUUUUAAUUUUAAUUUUCUUCACUUUGUGUGUGAGCGUGCUCAGGUCUCUCUCUCAUAUGGAUGUAUAUGUGUGUGCGCGUGUCUCUCUCUCUAAAGCAUGCCAAGGGAAUGGUCCAUAUGUACAUAGACUCAUCGUGCUGUGGAUAAUUGUCCUGCAUUGUAAUUGUGAAAUGCGGUUUUGACAUGUUGCUCAGAAAGAUGGUGGGGAAGGUGGUAGAUCCUUGUGUCUGAAGCUCCAAACUGGAGUUUGCCUUGAAUUUCACUUGUUAAGUAAGAUAGCAUGGAAGAGCCCACCUUGCAACACCUUUCUCCACUCCACUCCUCCACCCCCAUCCCAAUCUAACCAAAAGGCAUUAAUUAGAUUAGUGGCUGUCACAUGACAUCAGUGUGUAUUCAAAUAGGAAGAGGAGCUGGGUUCCCUCCAGGGGCAGGGCUCUAAGCUUCCUUUUAUACCCAUCAUCAGAACCCAGAGUAUCACUGUUCCUGAAAGUGCCUACUACUGAUGGGAUGAGGGAUAGGGAAGAGUUCAUCAGUCACAUAGGCUGAGCUGCCUUCCAGGGGAAGAGUUCUGAGUUAGCUCUCGCUUCACAGGUCUGAGAAAACUCAAACAUUCAGUGACGUUUUGCUGGAUGUGCCCUGUCCUCCCUCUGUAGUGGGUCUGGUGUGUACAGUAAAUAUGGAGAAGCAGGGAAGUCACCAAGUGCUAAUUCAUAACUGUAGAAUUAUGAGCCCUACUAUCACCUAAACUUCCCUCCUUUUGUCCCUCCCUGUUGGUCAAAUAACAUUACAGAUCCCCCACCCAGCCACUCCUGACCAAUUCCCUUGGAUUAAACAUAUGGAUAAUGAUUGUUUCAUAAUUUGGAUCAUAUAAAGUGUGAUCGAGUAGAGCAGGAAUCAUUGGCAUCUGCAAAGGAAUCAAGGAACUUGUAAAUAACGAAGCCCUAUGCCCAUAUUCCAAACACAUAGGUUGGAGACCCUCUGUGAAGCAUAGGACAGAAGGAAGGUCAAAAAAGAAUUUCCUUCCAUUGCCUCUGCUAAGUCUUUAUCUGGUGACUGGUUUAAUUUAACAAUACACAUAAUACAAAUGCCUAAUUCCUCUUUGCUUCUUUUGGUGCUUUUGGCAACUCCAUCAAUUUAUAGUGGCCUGAAGAUUAAUUUUUCACCAGGCUCUGUGGCAUUGAGUUUCUAGCAAUCUUGCCUGCUAGCUUGUGUCUUCUGUGAUGGAUGCUACGAAGCAUGAUCUGCCUCAAAAGUCUAAAGAUUUGACCUCAUGUUUUCCCUGGAAGGCUGUGAAGGAAGACAAGUUAGGAAAUGUACCAUUGGCAUAGAAGACAUAUAGAAAUUUUAAUAAUUUUCCUCCUACAAAAAAGAAGUUGAACAUCUGAUUAUGCCCCUAGGCAGAUAUGACAACCCCUAAAGUUGUUGUAAUAAUUAGGAAAGAGUCAGGAAAAGAAUAGUUCAUUGAUAAUAAUAUCUAUAGAAAGAAAGUCAGUAAGUAUAUUGAAGAAGCUUGGGAUAGAGUGAGCUCCUGAAUAGCUCAGGAGAACAGAGAGGUAUUCUUUAAUCAAUUUUGACUGGAUCAGAGCGGGACAACAUGUAUUAUCUCCACUAGCAAUUAGAAGGGGAAAACUUUUGUUAAAGAAACUUUUCAUCCUUUCUGAUUGAGGGAAGUCUCACAAUGUAACCCAUUACACCCUAGAGAGAAAAGCCAUCCUGGACAUUUCUCUUUGAGAGAUUUAAUAGAUAGAAACUUCUAAAAAGGUUUUUUCUUCUGUGUCCAUAAAAAGAAGUCUCUGAAUUAUGGCAGAUUGUUUUACAGUGUCUGUUCAGACAAGCAGUAGUCACCAUGAUGAAUCCUUCAUUACUUGCCCUUCCUGAGUAUUUCUUUUGAAGUUAGUAAUUCAGUCAGAGAAAGGGAGACAACUAACUAGAUGGCUUACCCUUUAUGUCUCAAAUACUAGUGUUUGUAAGGUUUGAAACUUUUCAAUACUUUCAAUUCAAGAGUGAGAAAAUAAUGGAUUAGUUCCUUAAGAAUAGACUAGAAAUCAACAAGUCCUGAGCAAGGGGCAACUGGAUUGAAUUUCUCAGGAAGUUGUCACCCAUCAUUUAUUGAGCUAUAUGGUCAUAAUGGUGAGGAAGGAUCAUGUAACUUGCUUCUUUUUUACAGAAGAAAACAAACAAAAAACUUGGCUGCUAACUUCCUUCAGGGAAUUAUUAUUCACUGUGCUCAACUUUAGCCAUCCAUCAUUAGGAAUGUUUGGAAAUUUAGACUGGUGACUUGUGGAUUGGCUUUACUCUAGGGCCUUCUUGAUAGUCCUAGAGAAUUCUAGGUCAAUCAGACUGAGAUGAGAUAACAUGAUGCUUAUAGUUCACAAUUCAAUAAUAUAAUGUAAUACAUCACAGUAUAAUAUGACAAACUUUUUUUUUUAUUUGAGGAAAUUGCUAGCUUAUUACCCUUUUAAAUUGUAGGUGCUCUUUCAUGAAUCUCUUUCUGGGGCUUGCAUAUUUUAUUGUCUCAGCUCUGAAACAUGGAAUAGGAAAUGGGGUACCAAAUAGCCAUCAUUAUAAAUGCCCUACCCAUUUCCUUCUACCUUAUGUCAGUAUACUUUUAGAAACCUUACACUUUCACACACAAAAAAGAAAUGGGCAUUAGAUAAAAUUAGAAAAUACCAUAGGGUACUUGCUGAUGCAGUUCUGGUACAUGACAAUUUAUUGACUGAUUUUUCCUAAUCUGAGAAGAAUCGAGGUUUAACCAAAAUCCCAGCUCCUGAUUGGCAUCAGUUUGAUGAUAAAUUGGGAUUUUUGCUUUGUUGUUUCUACAAAGUGAACAGAGAUUAGAUUAGAAAAUUGAUUACCUAGGUGUUCAAAAUAUUUGAGAACAGACAUCUCAAUACAUUUAUCAGGCAUCAUCCCACUGCUGAUACCCCCAAUAGAAGGAAUAAACUGAAAUGUUGUCCAUUCACUCAGAGAUGAAUAUCCCUCCCCUCCCACUCUAUCCCUGUCAAAGAAAGUAGUCCUAGUCAGUAGUCCACUUAGAUCUAGGUCUGAAUUGCCAUUAGUAAGAGAUUAUGAUAGCAUGCCUCCAAAUUGAUUAAUACAGACAUAUUCUCAGUGUCUGAUACACAUCAUGAUGAUAAAUUCCUAAUUUCUAGAAGAUUUGCUCUCAUAUUCUUUCUGAAUUUGAUUUUUCUUAACCACAAAUGAAGUAUAAACUAAAAGAGUUUCAUUCUCUCCUCUUCUUCUUUUCCCUCCCUGGACAAGAUCUUUUCCUGCUCUUUUGUUUCUUGGACAUAGAAAGAAGCAGAUCAGAGGGUCAAAAGAAGUAUUGAGCCUGGAGAAGAGAAUUUGAGGAUUUGUCAGAAAAGUAGAGGAUAUAGGAAACAAGGAAAAAGGGAUCUUAGCAAGGGGCCACUUACUAUUUGGCUCAUCACUUGGCUGUUUGUCACUUCAGAAAUCAAAUCCAUUAGCAAAUGAAGCAUGAAACAGUGCAUAGGAAAGAACCAACUGGAUGGAAAUAAUAUGCUGAAGGGAGUGAAAUUCAUCAAUUAAUUUGACUGGCUAAUAUAUUUAAUGUCAAGAGAAACACCCUUUGUAUACAAAAUGAAACUCAACCAUCCAUAAAACUGAGUCUUCACUCCCCAAACAUACUUUCUUUUAACCUGUAGUUGAAAAGAACAGCAAAGACCUUUGCCCAGGGUCUUUCCUGAGGAAUAAGAGUAAUCUAAUGUUUCAUAACUUCAAAUAGCAUGAUCUUUUCCUCCUUCCUUGUUCAUCUUGUUUUUUUUUUUACCUUAGAUCAUUGUGGUUGUUCCUUGUUAUAAGUGAGAUGUAUCUAUCAAUAACAAGCUUUUAAAAUUCCAUAGAAAUAAGGUGAGAUUUCUUAAGUUGCAACCAAAAUCAGUUCCUUGUGGAUUCAUGGUCUCAUUAUCUUUUACCAGGUAAUCUCUAUUCUUAACAUGGACUUUUUUUACAAAGACUAAAAACUGUGGAUAUUCAAAGAGAUUUUGUCAGGUUUCCCCCAGCCCCCGCCCAAUUCUGUUUUUCCUUCAUCUUUUGUGGGUUUCUUGGAAGCUAAAAACUAGAACCAGUGUCUCUUCUGCAAAUUGGCUAUUUUCCUUUGCAUAAAUAAACUGGAUUCAUUAUAUAGAAUUGCUUCUGGCUCUGAAGCUACACCCAUUUGCUCAUUAAUUAAUUACUCCAGAGGUAUAGAUACCAUCUCCAGGUCUGUUUCUAAAGGUCAGUCUAUUAAAAGUUCUUGCAUUUGGAUCUCUUUCACCAAGGCUAACCAUGACCUAAUCCCUCUUUUCAGCUCCCAUUGCUUUUUCAGCUUUGAUGUUGAUUCCCAGUGGGCCACCAAUUUCGGAAGCAUCUAGAUAUAAUCAGGUGUUAAAAUACCCACUUGUGACAUUAUAGGAUUAUAGAGUCUUACGCUUGGAUAAUGUAAAUCAAUUUCCUUAUAUGUAUUUCCAUAGCAACCCAAUUUCAGUUUAAUAUGGCCUCUUAUUGUCUUAGAGAUUUCAAACUAUUUUCAAAAGAUCAAGGACAUAAGGAUAUAAUUUCCUCAGUUGCAAAUUCUCUAUUAUGAUAUUAUAAUGUCAAUGUGUACAAAAUGAAGUUCAUAUUUCUUUCUAAGUUACUGUUAGGGUUGCAAAGUAAACCCCAGUUCAUAUAGUGAUUGGCAUGCAAAUGUUAGGCAUUCAAGAUUAAGGAUACAUUUGUUUUCCCAGUAAUAUACAUAAAUUCUUUUUCAGAAAGUCAACCAAUGUUAACAUUUACAUUAACAGAAAUGUUUAUGUAUGUAGUAGAAAAAUUGUUUUAAACUCUUGAUUUCCUUCUUCCACAUUUACAUACGGUUUGCUGAUUAAUAAAUUAGACCCCAAUCAUGUAUAAAUCAAAGUAAAUCACUCGUUUAUGUACAUAAGUUAAACUAUGUAAACUUCAUUUUUUUCCUGCCACACUCAGGUCCAGGUAAAUCUGUAAGUGUACAAGGAAAACCAGUGCUAAAUAGGACCCAACCAUUUGAAGUGGUCAGAGGAAAAACAAAGGAGAGAUGGAAUCUCUCAAAUGAUUAAAUUACCUCACUAGGAGAAAGCUUUACCUAAUUCAUACAGUGCUUCAUCCCACUGAUCUUUUCAAAGAGGUCACUUAGAUACAGAACAGCCAUCAUAAUGCUUAAUGGAUAAAUGCAAAGGCCACUCUUAGGAGGCAGAAUAGUACAUGGGAAGAGCACUGGCCCUAGCUUUGCCAUAAACUCUUUAUAUGACCUCAGUAACAUCACUUUUAUUCUCUGUGCCUCAGUCUCUUCAUCUGCAAAAUGAAAAGGUUAAAUUAGAUUAUUUCUAACUUCUCUUCUAGCUCUAAUAUUCUCUAAACUUAAACACUGUUUGGAAAUUGCAUAAAUUCCUUGCUAUUUCCACUAUAACACCACAUGAUAACAGAACCUUUAUCAGAGUCUUUCUGGCUUCCCUUGGAAAGGAAGAAUGAUUGAGAAAGAGUCUUGCAGUUGUACCUGCUGUGUUUCAGUUGGAUCUGUCUCCCAGUUGUCCAUUCUUAUUGACCUUUGUUGCUUCAAUACCUGAGACUUGUUGGUUAAAUGGACUCUUGGGAAAAUCUUACAGCUUAGUGAGAAAAAAUAGUUGCUCCUGUUUCCAUUCAUUCACUCAAUAAACCCUAGGGAUUAUUCUAGGAGGUAAAAAAAAAAAAGGAGAAACUGCUGAACUUUCAAGUUUCCAAGAAAUCAUGGAGACAAAGACUGAUUUUUAACAUCAUAUCAAUCUUCUGGUUGACAGGGAAGAAAUGUAAAGAAAGAAAGAUAGAAUUUUGGAAAAGAUCUUAUUCUUUAAUCUGGGGAACUAGCAACUUUCAGUUGAUUUAAGUCUUUCCACCAUUCUGUUCUCAAAUUCCAUUUUCAAAUCCUACUUCUAGAUAUUCUCUUUCAUAUUGGCUUUUUCAUCCUGCAAUUGCAUAAAAUGCCUGAUUUCUUUGCUGAAGUAGAUUGACAAUAACCUGAAAAUUUGGUACACAAAAAUCAAUCAAAGACAAGACCUAAAAAGUUGUCUAGACUUAUUAAGACUACAGUAUAAAAGGAGCUAGUUCUACAGUAAUUGUCAGUGAGAUUUUAGACAAAUUAUUUUACUUUUGUGGGAUAUAGUUUUUUUCAUUUGCAAAAUGAAGAGGUCAAAUUAAAUAGUUUUGAAUGCUGUAAUAUUUGUUAGUGGAUUAUUAUAAACUGAAUGCCCACUGUGCAUAGCACUGUGUUUGGCUCUUUAUUUUGUUAGUAUUUCCUAUGACAGACUCCCCACCCCCUUCACUCCCACAAAAUAUCAGUAUCACAAACUAAAACUUCUAACAGAAAUUCUUACAUGGUUUUAUGAUUUGAUCAUCUGGUCAUAUCUAUCCAUAUCAUUUGAUAGCAUUCUGGGGAUGUCACCCAUCUGGGGUACUUAACUAAAGACAUCAAAAUGUUUUGGCUGCCAUAUAUUUUAAAAAAUUAAUAAAGUCUAUCUGUUAAACUAUUUUAUUUACCUAAUAUGAAAGGAAAUGAGCCUAAUAUCCUUUCCUCCUCCCUUCUCUCCCCCUCGAAGAAUAGAAUAGUCUUAUGCAUUCAGUAUUCCUUUUAAGUUAGAAAAUCUUGAAGAAAUUCAAGUUUCCUAUUAAAAAAUCCAGAAAAUGUCUGAUCUUAAAAAUUGCUUAGAUAUCUUGUCAUUAUUAUAUAUUAGAAUAAACUUGUCCAAUACAUUCUCAUGAAAGGGUUUCCUAUGGCUCAAGCUUUAUACAAUCUGUUCCAAAAAGUUAAAGACUCCAAGUCCUGAAAUUCAACUAAGUGGCAGAAAAAAAGAAACAUCCUUUUGGCCCACAUUUCUAAACUAUUUCAAGAAGUAUUUAGCAAGACUGCCGAGACAUUAUUUCAAGGCUCCAGGCAAAGGAUUAGAAUGUCAAGAAAAAUCACUGAGAAGGUUCUAGAGUUGAUGGUAAUGACAAUGAGAUCCAUGUUAUGAGAUCUUUGGGGGAACCUAGAAAUGGCCAAAAUGAAAAUGUGAAAAGUCAAGUUCUUUGAUUUUAAAUAGAUCUUAAAUAGGUUUUAUGGAAAGUGCCAAGGGUGGAUGGGCAUCUGGGGGUAGGGAGAAAGAUUUCAUAUUAUCUAGGUUAACUCAGAUAUUGCAUCCAAUUGCCUGCCUUUGUCCUUUAGGGAGCUGAAUAUAAUGUUACUAUUUUGACCCAAGAGUUAAUGUCCAACAGCAUCUCAAGAGACCAAGCUUACCCUUUCCCUAGCUUGUCUUCUUAUGCAUUGCCAGAAAUAGCCAAGGGAAUCUUAGUCACCUAUUCACUGAGUAAUGGUCUGUGUCUAAAUCAUUCUAUAUGUCAAUAUCACUUUUAUAUAGAUAUAGAUAAGCCAAGUCCUUAGAACACUUAUAAAAUUAUUUUGUAAAACAAAGAACUACCAACGCAGCUGGGAAUAUUUUCCUUCUCUAUGAUUAUUUCAGAUAUUCUACUCAUUCUGGUUUAUCCUCACCCUCUAUCCAUCUACAGACAGACACAAGCAGAAAUGUUCUAAUCUAUAUCUAGAAAAUGAAAGAAAAACUUCUAACUACUAGCUUCAUGGUUCAGAGCACCCAAUUCCAGUUCACUGGGGCCAUUCCUGAUUCCAUCACCAAUGAGUCUUUACCCUUCACCAGAGAAUGUAAAAGGCUGAGUCUGGUGAAUUGUUGCCAAGUUUUAUUCCCUAAGUGUUUCCUGUGGGGUUCCAACAGGGAGGAGAUGAUGUGGAGAACGGAGAGCUCAAAUAAAGCCUCCUCUUCUCUCCCUCCCCCUUCCCAUUGUUCUAAGGAAGGGUUUACAAAUCCUGCUAUUGGUUAGAAUUCUUAUUAACAGUGUUAUAUACAUAUAAAUAUAUAUAUAUAAAUAUAUUCCUUUUUUUCAACCCUGUAGCCAUGAACUGAAUUUCCCUUGACAAUACAAACACAUGAUCAUUUUUUGGUUUGGGACUUUUAUUGUUUUGAAGUUUCUUCCUUUUUAUUAUUAAUUUGGUGGGUAUUUUUUUUUCUCCCAUAUACUAGCUCUAUGGAGAAAAACAAAAGCGCAAUGUGUGUAAAAAAUUAAAAUUAAAACAAGCUUUUUUUCUUUUUUCUUUUUAAUGUAUUUAAAUUCUGUUUCUCUCUUCUGUUACUUUACACGUAUGAAUGCUCUGCUCUUCUGUGAUCUUAAAACAAAAUGAAAUAAACGUGAAAAGGAGAUGUGUCUUCAUUGCCCUAA